UUUUCUUUUCAACAACGCGCAGUCUUAAAAAAUCCAAUUAUUAAGCAAGCACAUUUUCGGCGCGAUGCGGCCGUUGUGGCUUCUCAUGUCCACGUUGCUAUUCGGAACAGCAACUGCAACAAAUGACACUGACGAUGCCAGCUCGUUCGAACAGGAUGUGAGAAAUCAACUCAAUGAAAUAUUAUGGAAAGUCGAUGAACUGCGGAAAAAAGCUAACGACAACCGAAAUGAUGCCAGUGAUAAGUUUGAUUCAAUGAUGUCCGCACUAAGAGCACUGAAAAGGGACAUUAAUGAUACCUGGAUCGAAGCCAGAAAGACAAAUGAAGUUGUGCAGAAUAUGGACAAGGUGGCAAAACAAAAAUCGAGUUGCGAAGCAAUCAAUAGUGGCCUGCCUCUGACGACUGUUUCCAACCGAAUUAAAUACUAUAUCCCAGCUUUAUUAAUGAAACACAGACUGACCUGGUACCAAGCAAGGGACUUUUGCGCAAAUAACUCGAUGUACUUGGCUUCCCCAAGGAAUCAGCACGAGCUAAAUCGUUUGUAUGAUAAAAUCAAGGACCGAUAUGGAACAAAUACCCAUUGGUGGCUGUCGGCGUCGGACGUGAACCAAACAGCCGGAGACUUCAAGUGGCACAACGGUCGAGCGUUUCACCAAGACAACUCGAUGUGGUACAACGAUGCCAACGAGCCAAAUUCCUUUGGCAAAGGACACGAGGCCUGCGUCAACUUAGCCACGAGCGUACGCGCAAAACUGAAUGAUGAUGAUUGCGCCGACAGUAAAAAGGACCAUUACUUUGUGUGCGAGGUGCCUGAAGAGUGCUAUGGAAGCAUCGAACAAGAAGUUGAUUAAUCUUUUUUUCUCUUUAGCUUUAGAAAUUUAAUUUCUCUGCCGAUGAGUAAAUCUGUACUAAAUUCACAAAAUGAAUAAAACCACUGAAAAAUAAGAAUUGCAA